AAAUGCAAGUAAUACUUGAUUAUCAGCUUCAUGAUUAUCUUUCAUUUAUUUUAACUGAAUUAUACAAAGAAAAAAAAGAAGAUAUAAAUAUUAUUAACGAUUUACUACGAAAAAAAUUAUUUGCUACAAUAGGAUAUGCAGAUUUUGAAAGUUCAGGUCCACGAAGCUGUUCAGACUAUGAAGAAGAAUUGCAGAGGUUUCAAAUUUGGUUAAAAAAAACUAGUUUCUUAAAUCCAGAUCUAAAUCUAAAUUGUAGCUUUGAAGGUUUAGACAGAAAUAAUAAGUUAAGUGUACAAAUGAAGUUAUUCAGUGAUAAAACCAAAGCUCAACAUAUAAAUUAUAUCAAGGGUAAAUUUGGCUUAAUUAAAUAUGAGCCUACUUAUUCUAUUCCUGUUACUUUUGAUGAAGCACAAUUACAAUCAUCUAAGAGUUUAUUGAAAAAAGAAGAAAUAGUAUUCGCAAUCAAAAUAUUAAUUGAAUCCUUAAAUGAAGCUAAAUAA